UAUUACAGUUACACCAGGCGACUUCCGGGUGAAUAUUCCUUGUUAUGAACAGCUGGGAAACAUUUUUAUUUCAAAUGCGUAAACCAGUUAAUUAAGUUGGAAAUAUGUGAGACAGUUUGUUGAAAUGGAUAAAACGAUUGUAGCAGCGGAAUGUGAGGACAUUGACUGGGGAGGAAGUAGAGCUGAAGACGGGAAGGUUACUAAAAAGACCGGAACCUUAUCAAAGAAUGUCCACACCGGUCUCCCUAACCCACUUACAGAUCCUGUGAAAUGUUCUCUGAUACAAGGAGACUAUCUCUACUUCCAUUACGGCUGUGAUGGGCAGGAUGACAGAGGCUGGGGAUGUGGCUACCGCACCGUUCAGACAAUGGCUUCCUGGCUCUGCCAUAACUGUUUUCCACUGAGGGACAAACAUAGACCUCCACCAAGCCUCCCAGAGAUCCAGCAAGCCUUGGUCACCAUGGGGGACAAACCGAGCUCGUUCUCGUGCUCCAAGGAGUGGAUAGGAACAUUUGAAGCUUCCCUUAUCCUUGACUAUUUCUAUGAUGUGCCCUGUAAGUUGGUGCAUGUCAGAGGUGAAGGUGCAGAGCUGGAAAACGUUGCAGUGGCAGAGCUGCAUCAGCACUUUGAGAAGCAUGGAUCUCCAGUCAUGAUGGGAGGGGACAGGGACAACUCUUCUAAGGGGAUAUUUGGGGUUUGCACUGGGGACAGAGGGAGCUACUUGCUAAUUGUAGACCCUCACUACUAUGGAUGUCAGCUGGAGAAGACUGAGCUGCAGAGACGGGGGUGGGUGGCGUGGAAAAGGGUGUCAUCUCUGGAUCAGUCCUCAUUUUAUAAUCUGUGUUUGCCUCAGACUGCCAAGAAAGGAACAUAAAUUAAGUGACAGACCUAUUUCUGUUUCAGACUUACAAAUUAAUUAUUAUUUGUGAGGAUGAACUACAGACAGAGUGUUAUUAGGACAGACCCUGACAGCAUUUAUGAUUUACAAUGAGCUGUAGUGCCAUCCUGUGGGGGAAAUCAAUUAUUACAGUGUAUCUUAAAAACAAACUGAUGAAACUAAUUUAUCAACUUCUUAAUUAUUGCUCCAAUAAAACUGUUGAAUCUCAAAUCUUCUUGGAUAUAAA